CAGGAAUGUGGGCACAUAGAAUGGCAGUAGGAGAUUACCAAGAUCUCAUAGAUCGGGGAUGGCGACGAAGUGGUAAAUAUUGCUACAAGCCAACUAUGAACAAGACUUGCUGUCCCUUGUAUACCAUCAGGUGUGAUGCUUUAGAUAUCAGAUUAACUAAAGGCCAGAAAAAGGUUUUGAAGAGAGUACAUCGAUAUCUCAGCCAUGGAGACAUAAAGCCUGAAGGAGGGAAAAUCUCAGACCAUGAAAAAUGUGUUAGUCCCACAGGAAACCAAGAAUAUGUAAAACCGAAGUUUGAUACAACUAAAGAUUUGUCUAUGGUGUCUGUGUCACCUGCUGCUAUUAAGAAUGCCAAAGGAACAUGUACUGCAAGUGCAAGAGAACCAAAUUGCAGCAUUAGUGAUGAAGUUUUGCUGGUUGAUGGUAGUGUUGACAAAAACUCCCAUUCUCAGAAUUCAGGAAAAGUGAUGCAGCCUGUAAGAGGCAGUGACACUAGCAACUUGUCUCCCAAGUCACCCCAUCAAGUAGCAGGCGCAGAUCCAAGUAAGCCACUUUGCCGAAAAUCAAAACUUAUCCGGCUUGAGCGUAGAGAAGCAAAGUUAGCAAAACGAAGGGAGGAAGCAUUAAGUAGAGGAGAGUCGUUGAUGGAGGUAACGAAGUCGAAAUCAUCUAAUAAUACCCCAAAAUCUUUAGAAGAUUUUUUGAAUGAGCCCCUUCCAGAGUCUCCAGCACACAAAUUAGAGGUUAAGUUAGUCCGAUCCCAUCCUGGAAGUAUGGGAUUUGUCCAAACUUUUGGCAUUGCUUAUAAGGUAUACCAAAAAUACCAGAUUAACAUCCAUGGCGACAGUCCUGAUAGGUGUUCCGAGUCGCAGUUUAGGCGGUUUCUCUGUAAUUCGCCACUUGAGUUGAAGCUAGUGAGGGUAAACGAAAAUGAACCAUCAUUCAGAGCCAGCUAUAGAGCUUCGUAUGCUGUCUAUCGGAAGUACCAGUUGGAGAUUCACCAUGAUUGGGAGUGCGACAGAGCAACAUACCAAAGCUUCCUGGUUGAAGGGCCCCUUGUGCCUUGGCAUCCAGAGUGUGGACCACCAAGUGGCUAUGGAUCCUUUCAUCACCAGUAUUGGUUGGAUGACCGCCUUAUAGCUGUGGGAGUGCUGGAUAUUUUACCCCAUUGUGUAUCUUCUGUUUAUCUGUAUUACGACCCAGAAUUCUCCUUUUUAUCUUUAGGCACUUAUGCAUCACUAAGGUAUGUCUGUUUUCAUUUGAAAUUCUUGGGUCUUAUAUUUGUUAUUUAUUCUGGGUUUACUAAGUUUACUUUUAUAGAUUUACUUGAAAAAAGGAAAAUAGCCAGGCCCAACAAAGAUCAAUUUAUCUACGGAAUUCAGAAAUGAAAA